AUGGCCUCAUCGUCAGGUUGGCUAAUUCGACCACGCAAUUGCAGUUUUGAGUUACUUACUCUUCAUUUAGCUGUUGGCAAACUUUCGAGGGAAGAGUUUCGUCGCCAGAAGGAUUUGGAUGCAGCACGUAAGGCAGGAACGGCACCUGCAGAGUUAGAUGCAGAAGGACGCGCUAUCAAUCCUCAUAUUCCUCAGUAUAUCUCACAAGCACCAUGGUAUUUGUCCACUGGAACGCCUUCGCUAGCACAUCAGCGUCGCCCUGCCGAGGAGAAGGUCGAAAAGGAUGAUAUAAAUCAAUGGUAUGCUAGAGGACAACGAGCUGGACCGGCUGCCACCAAGUACCGUAAAGGUGCUUGCGAAAAUUGCGGAGCCAUGACCCAUAAACGUGCCGAGUGUAUGGAACGACCGAGAAAGAAGGGUGCCAAAUACACGGGUAAAGACAUUGCACCUGAUGAAAUCAUCCAAGAGUUUGAGGGAGGCUACGAUGCGAAGAGAGACCGAUGGAAUGGCUAUGACCCGAAUGAGCACAAAAAGGUUCUCGAGGAAUAUGCUGCUAUCGAAGCUGCUCGACAAAAGCUCAGAGAAGAAGAGAUUGACAAUCAAACGACAACUGAUCUCGCGGCGGUCAAGAAGCUUGCAAAAGCUAGUCAAAAGCUGGACACAAAAACCCGUAUCACAGUUCGAAACCUCCGUAUUCGUGAGGAUACUGCCAAAUACCUCAUCAAUUUGGACCCAGAGAGCGCCUACUAUGAUCCCAAGACUAGGUCGAUGAGAGAUGCUCCGGACAAGAGUGCAAAAUUCGCGGGUGAAAACUUCCUACGGCAUACCGGUGAUGCUCUCGCUGCCCAGCAACUCCAAGUAUUUGCGUGGCAAGCCUCGGAGAAGGGUAACGAUGUGGACUUACAUGCAAAUCCUACCGCUGGAGAGAUCUACCAUCAGGAAUAUAAACAAAACAAAGAGCAAAAUAAACAGACCAACCAAGCCUCUAUCUUGGAUAAAUAUGGGGGUGAAGAUUACCUCAAAAAGGCCCCCAAGGAGCUACUCAUGGGCCAAACUGAGUCGUAUGUCGAAUAUUCGCGUACUGGUCAAGUUGUCAAAGGGAAAGAGCGUGUCAAAGCGAGGAGCAAAUAUCAAGAAGAUUGGAUCGAGGCUGUACAAGCUGCCUCCCAUACUAUGAUGCUCAAGAUGGAAAAGGCAAAACUUGACAGUCAAAAGAAGGAAGAGGCUGUCCUUACGCAGAGUAAUACAGUCAAACGACUGGGAGAGAAGGAUAUGCAGCUCGAUAAAGAGAAAUUAGCUGAUGCCAUCCGCGAGGAAAGGAAGAGAAAGGGUCGAAAUGACGAUGAAACUUUUAGGGAUGACAAGAGACGGAAAUACGACAAUGGUAAAAUGGAUGUGGACGUUACUGAAGAGGAUCUUGAGGCCUAUCGAAGGAACCGCCUGGCAGGAGCUGAAGACCCAAUGUACAAUUAUAAAGAUUCCGAGGACUAG